UCGGAACCGUGCAAACAUAUAUAUAUACCAUAUAGUAUAACUCGAUUGCCGCUGGCAAAUAAAUUAGUCUCAGCUGAGUUCGUUUUGUUUGAAAACAGUACUCUUCGUUCUCAGUUCGAGGAAAAGACACCGCUACUCAGGCUCCAGAAGUAAAUCCGAAACCAUGUCCGACGACUUCGAUGGCUGCGAGUGCGUGUGGUCGCAGGAAUAUGCGAUGCAGAGGCUAAUCAACUUUAUACGCCAGAAUCAGAAUGCCUGCUCAGACACCGAGUGUUUCGAUGUCACCGGACGCACUUCGCAGCAGGUCGCUGGACGCGGCGAUGACAGCGGCGGCUUCACCGUCGCCAUGAUCUUCCUGAUCGUGGCCAUGUUCAUGUACAUCCUGAAUCCGAGUACCUGGGGCAACCUGACCAGCAACAAGCGGGCCGUGCGACGCGACGACAACCAGGAUGGGUCGCCGCCGCCGCCGCAGCCUCCUCCGCCGGCAAUCAACUAGGCGCCGCCGCGGAAUCCUGUCCAGCUUCUGCCAAACCUGAGCUUCUACGACACAAUUCGCAACUUGCAUUUCCUUGUUUUGUUAUUUCUCCCGCGAUUGAGAGAGUAAAUUGUUCACUACGGAAAUCCUUUCGCACCUUUACACUGGUUAGAUAAAUUAUACAUCCCUUGCAUUGUACAAAAACCGCGAGACGGCACACUCCUAACACACAGGCUUAAAUUAACAAACAUAUUUGGAAAUUUUUAAAGACACUUUUCGAAAACUA